AUGAUUAAACACCUGACCGGCCUGACGUAUGCAUGCAUUGCAGCGGUGGUUGGUCCGGGGUUCAUCACGCGAGACUUGACGUUCGAGAACACGGCGGGGCCGGAGAGACACGAGGCGGUGGCGCCACGGAGCGACUCGGACCUCUCCGUCUUCUGCCGCUGUGCCUUCGAGGGCCACCAUGACACGUUAUACCAGCACACGCUCCGCCAGUUCUACUACGACUGUCGCGUCACCGGCACCGCCCACUUCAUCUUCGAAGAUGUCAUGGCCGUUUUCCAGAUCUGCCUCCUCCUGGUCCUCGACCCGCUCCCGGGCCAGAAGAACACCGUCAAGGCCCAGAGAUGCGUCAACGGCUCUUUCAACAACGGCUUCUCCUUUCAGUUUUGCAACGUCUUCGUGCAGGACGACCUCCUACGUGCGCAGGCCAACCAGACCGACAAGGCCACCGCCACGCAUACUUUCCUGGGCCGGCCAUGGAAGACGUACUCGUAGGUGGUGUUCAUGUAGAUGGAGUCCUACAUCGCCGCCGUGGUGCAGCCCGAGGGGCGGCUCGCGUGGGACAAAAACCAAACCACGCUCAGCACGCUCUGCUUCAAGGAGUACAUGAACACGGGCAACAGCGCCGACGUCUACGGCAGGAUGAGGUGGACGGGCUACCACGUGAAUAUGAGACAGGCCGAGGCCAACAACUUCACCGUGGUACAGCUCAUCGGCAUGAAUGCGGGCAGGUGA